AUGGACGGGCAAUGCAGGCAGAUCGCCCUCUCCCACAGCACACCUGCUUCCCUGGCCAUCCCAAGAGGUCUCUCAUCGGGAGGUGCCUGGCUUGAGGAUGCUCGGGAAGGAGCUUUGGCUGCCCGCGUGCGGGGCCUGUUGCUGCACCUGGAAAGGGCGGUUGCCUUGGACCCGGAGGUCUCGGCGGCCGACCUCUUGCCGCAAGACAUGAUCACGGAGGCGUCGGACGGCAAGCUGGAGCCAAAUUUGGAGGCCUCGGGCCUGGGCAAGUUUCCGCCGCCUCUCAUGGUCGCAGGGAAGGUGGAGCCGUACCCGCUGUCUUUGGCGGUAGUCUCCUCAGAUGAUGAGGACUCCCCCAGACCCUGGCCGAAGGGAAACUCCGUCAAGGAGUUCCGCAGCAAGGUGAAAGGCACCACCGUCCAGAUCGCCGGCCAAGCCCGCUCCAACGACGCAGGCUUUGGCGUGCACCCCGAGAAGCGGAUCUUGGCGCUGCAGGCGAAGCUCGAGGAGGCGCACGGGUCUCUCUCGGGGGCCUUUGCCGCUAUGGACCUCCACGAGCGUGGGUACGUGUCCUUUGGGGACUUUCACUCGCACCUUGUGCGACUGCACCUGAGCCACGUCGACGCGGAAGGCUCCGCAAAAGCCAUGGAGCUCUUUAAGCUGUUGGACUCGGAUGGAGAUGACCUGCUGAGCCCCAGGGACUGUCUCAAGGCCUUUAAGGGAGCUGCGCGCGUGGUCAAGGAGCGCCAAGAGCGGGAAGGUGGGCAGCAGCGCUUGAGCGCCUUCCUUCGGCAACAUGGUCUGCCGGAUGACAUGCGGAUCCCCCGCCACAAGCGGCUGGGCGGCGAUCAGUACAGCCGCGCCCUGUCGCUGCAGAGGUUCUUGGUCCAGCGCCACGGGAGCUUGCACGAGGCGAUUCAGACGAUGGACUCUUCUGGAAUAGGCUUCGUCAGCCAGGCGGACUUCGUGCGAGCAAUCUUGUCCGAAGGCUACUGCGUCUCUGAGUUGGAGGCCGAGGAGCUCUUCCGAUCCUACGAUCCCUGGGGCAAGGGUUGGCUGCCACUUCAGCGAAUGCUGGAGUACGAGGUGUCUGGCAUCAAUUGGCUGCAGCCCUCGGUACACGCAGCAUCGCCGCGGACCUCCAAGGCCUCGCCCGGCGCCUCGCCGCGGACCUCAGCCAGGACUUCUCCGCGGACUUCCCCGCGGACUUCGCCCAGAGCUUCGCCCAGGGCUUCGCCCAGGUCGGCCUCGCCCUUUGACCGGUCCACUUACCGCAGCGGCGGAGGCGCUUCGCCCCGAGAGCCGGAGGCCGCGCCGAGCCUCUUCUCGGACUUCGGCCGCCUGGAUGGGCCUUUGCCGCCCAGCCCCAGGCGCCAGGUCAAUUCCCCACGCUCCGGAACGCGCUCCGCACGCUCCGCGUCGCCGGUGCACGAGCGCCUUUACGUGGCGGGCAUCGGCCACAAGAGGGUCCUGAAGGGCGAUCCCGAUGCCAUCCGCACGGCCUACCACAACCUGGAUCAGGCGCGGAGCCUAAUGGAGGAGAUGAACAAGAAGGCCAAGGACCGGGCAGCUGCAGCCAUGAAAGCUGUGGGAGAAGCGCGCGAGCGUGCAGCUGCUGCCAAGGCGAGUCUGGUUCCAUCCCUGCAGAUUUGCAAGCUCCCGGCCCUGUGGAGCGCUUCAAGAACAGGGCUGUGCCGGCCAUCAACCUCGAUGUCAUGA